CCUCGUCCUCCUCUUCCUUGUUCCUCGCUUCCACUAUUCUCGCUUUCUCGUAGGUCUUCAGGCUUGUCUCAGACUUUCUACACUGCUAUGCCUGCUUUUGCCAUUACCCUGCAAUAUGUCGGUCUGAACGCGGAAUUCUUCCGGCUGCACAAGGCGCGGUCGCGUGGAUUUCCCAAGGCUUUCGUCAAGGACAACCUCAAAUCGCUCGAACUACCGCUACCUAGGAUGCUCUAUCUCCUGGACUGGCAGGAGGCUCGCGUGAUGUGCUACUGGAAGAUGAUGGGCGACAUCGGGGACAUCUUCAUCGACGGGAUGCGGCGGCAGGUCGAUGUUGUGCGUGCCAAUGCUGCUCUGCUUGAGGCUCUAGAGAUCUGCGAGAUAACCGAAGUCCCAGCGAGUCCGCUUCCGCCCACGAUCAUCCCAGGAGUUCCGGACACGUUCCAUCUUGCCCGAAAGCGUCGCGCGCAGCCCUCCUCCGAGCCGUCGCAGGCAAAGAGGGCCCGCGUUGAGCCGGUAACUGGAGCAACAAUCAGCGACUCCGACGUGACUGUUUCUGGGCAGAACUCCGAUAUAACGCCUGGGACUAGGGCUCCGCUUGCUUCUCUAACCAACGCUGCCUCUUCUGCUCCCGCUGCAUCUACUCAGCCAGGUGACGCGUCUGGCGUGGCUUCGCAACCUGUCAAGUCCUACUCUGGUAUCCCCAUCGUUGAGGCCUCUGCGCAAUCUGAUCCGACGAAGACCACUGUUGCACUAGCUACUAGUACAACAGCUCCAGGACCCGUUCAGCCUCUCGUGAAAGCUGAACCUCGGGACGACCGUGCUCUGCUUCGCUCAAGCAACAGCACCGGCGUUCGGCCAAGGAUCAAGGCCGAACCUGGACGUGGACCUAGGCGUGACCUGCAGGACAAAGAUAGGGCGUUGCGGCGCAAGAUCCGGGAGACGUACGAUCGCGACGUGAAGCUCAUCGCGGAGAACACGCGACUCCGGCAGGAGGUCGCACGGGCGAAGUGCCGCAUCGAGCGCUUGAAGGCGAAGAGUUAUGACGUUCGUAUGGAGCGCCCACAGGCGAACUGGUAGGACCUCCGUGGUCCUGUUCAGUACGUGUGAUCUGGUGCUUCGUGAACGCGCUUUACAUACCGGAACGAAUAAUGGAGACGUUGGAUCUUUGCGUAUUGUGUCAUCUGCUUCCUGUUCAUGAUGUUCAUCCGUUCAUUGUUUCCG